GUUGUCGAUUGUAAACAUAAAGUUAGCAGCAUUCCAUUGCAAUCUAGAUGAUACACAUGAAAACUAAGCCGUAACAGCAUCAACUUCAAUCAUAACAACUUGGCAAUACAAGUUUACCUUCCGAAAACACCAGUCCAAAACCUAAUGGGUUUCGUGCAGCGGGCUCUUUUUACGUGGUUCAUUUUGUUAGUGUUUCUUGUAGUGCUGUGCCUAAGAUUGGAGCAUCGCAUAUACUGGAAUUGGUUUCUGGUGUUCAUCCCUCUAUGGUUAUACGAUAUUAUUCUAGUAACAUGGGCAGUGAUCGAAAUCGUACAACGCCAACACGCCAACCGGCUGAUUUCGCUGCACCACUACAAGUACUACGUUGUGGGCAUUUUGUUGAAAAUAUGUUCCCAAAUAACCAUCUGCUUGAAGCUCGAGUACAAAUGGAUGCCAAUGUACGCAAUGAUGAUUCCGAUUUGGAUGCUACUUGUGCUGCUUAUCGUUUUCGUUGGAACACACUUGAAGCCGAAACCGCGACCAAUUGGCUCGAAUCGAAGUAACCGGCAAUCAGCGGCAGUAUCUUCAUGAGGGUAUUUGAAACUGCGCGUAUGUGAAAUCGAACCAAGCGCAACAGACUAGUUACAAAUGUUAUCCUACACUUACACCGCGCGCAGUCAGCUGCUUAGGCCAGGGAUGCAUAACCGAUUGUAGAAUAACUGAUGCUUCUUCAAUUCUAACCUAGAUUAUACUAUCGACUGUAUGCACGUUUUCGUGAGCGUAAUAUGAACUUUUACAGUAAUAAAUGUUAUUCAAGAACG